CCAUGGUGAGGAAAUGUUGGAAGCUGAGAUCCGAGAUGUCGCAGCUGAAGUAGAAGGGGAAAUAGAAUCUAAACUAGGUCAAGUUUAUUUGGCAGCUAAUAGGGGAGAUGAUGUAGUUGUGGGUUGUCAAGGUCUUCAUCAGACCUUGCUACAAGUAGUAAGCGAUUUUGAGGCGAUUGAAUCAAGGAUUCUGACUCAAAAUGCAAAUGAUGCUUCAACAAAUGAUUUCAAGGAAGAGAGAUUCAUGGUUGGGGGUAUCUAUGAAAAUGAUGUUGAAAGUGAGAAUGAAAUCAUUGUAGGAUUUGACGACGAUGUAGAGGAGAUAGUAUACAGGCUCACUAUUUUAAAACAAUCUGGAAGAAGAGAAGUUAUCGCACUUGUUGGGGAAGGUGGCAUAGGAAAGACUACAUUAGCUAAGAUCAUCUUUGAGCAUCCAUAUGUUAUUGAUCAUUUUCGCAUCCGGGCAUGGGUUGUUGUGUCUCGAGAGCAUAAUCUCAAAGAGAUGCUCAUCAGCUUAUUGCAUUGUAUUGCGCCAAUAACUAGUGAAAUCUCUAACAAAGAUGAAGCUCGACUAGCAGAGCAACUAUGCAAAAGAUUGACGGGUGAAAGGUAUUUAAUUGUCUUGGACGACGUGUGGACUACUACAGCUUGGCAUGCUAUCCAACAAUGUUUUCCGCAUAAUGCUAAUGGAAGCCGAAUCAUGAUUACUACUCGAAUCAAUAAUGUGGCGAGAGACAUAAAUUCGCAUCUGCACAUUAUGAAGUACCAAUCUCUGAAAAACAGCCGGGAACUACUUUCAAGGAAGGUGUUUAGGGGAAGAUUUUAUUGCCCCCCCACAUAUGAAUACUUUAGGGAUCGAAUUCUUCUUCAAUGUCGUGGAUUACCACUAGCAAUUCUCGUGAUCAGUGGACUUCUGGCAACAGCCAAAUGGUCAUUAGAUGUAUGGAGAGAGGUUGCAGACACUGUGGAUUUAAUGGAUGGGGAUGACAAAAUCAUUUCGAGAAUACUUUCAUUGGGCUUCGAGUACUUGCCUAGUCACUUAAAGGCUUGCUUUCUUUAUUUUGGAAUUUUUCCUGAAGAUGAUGAUGUUCCUGCUAAGAAAAUAAAUCAACUUAUGGGUUGCAGAGGGAAUUUUAAAAUAAGAAAAGAAUAAGAGUUUAGAAGAAGGGGCCGAGAAUUGCUUGCUUGAUCUUAUUAACAGAAAUCUAGUUCAAGUUGACAAACUAAGUAUUGACGGGAGGAUCAAGUCAUGUAAGAUUCAUGACCGGUUACACGAGAUUUGUGUAAGGGAAGUUAAAAAGGAGAAUAUUAUAUGUGUGAUUGAUGAAAAACAUGAUCCACAAGCUAGUCGUUGGAUAAGUUGUCAAUCAAGUCAUUGGCCAAGCACUCGAGCAUGCUAUGAGACUCAUAAUUGCAAUAAAAUUCACUCCAUUUUCUACUUUGGUAAAUACUUCUACCCUUCAAAAUGUAGGUUGGUAUAUCCAUGUUUGAAACUUCUAAGAGUAUUGGAUUUAUCUUCAAUUAAAUGCUUGCAUGGCAUGCCUAGUGAAAUAGUGGAUUUGAUUCAUUUGAAAUACUUGGCUUUGAGCACUAUAGGUUCUCUUUAUAAGCUUCAACUAUUGAAGCUUCAAAAUUUGCAAACUCUCAUUGUCUCUUCAUGGAUGGAAGAUUAUCCUUUGCAACUACAGUGUAAUAUUUUGGAUUUGCCACAAUUGAGGCAUUUGCACCUUGAAAAAAGAUGUUCACAAUACCUCCCAAGCUUGGUUCGAGAAAAUCUACAAACUCUUUAUUGGUUGAAAGUUACUAGCUUGCACCGAAAUCCAAACUUUAGAAUGGUUCCGAACUUGGAGGAAUUGGGGAUCUACAUUGAAGGUGAACUACUACCUGGUUGUGUUGAGAGCCUUGUCCAUUUGCGUCUACUUGAGAAGUUAAAAAUUGAAAUAGGAAGGGUUGAACAAUUUUAUCUUCCUACUGCUUUUCCAUCAAAGCUUAAGAAGUUGACACUUCAUAGUACAUAUCUUCCUUGGCAUGAGAUGGGCAUAAUUGGUAAGUUGCGCAAUCUUGAGGUACUCAAAUUGAAAGAUUUUGCGUUUUGUGGCCCAGAGUGGAAUCCAAUGGCGGGGGAGUUUCAAGAAUUGAAGGUACUCCUUAUUGCACAUACAAAUCUGAAACGAUGGAAUGCAAGUUUUCAUCAUUUCCCAGUUUUGGAGCGCCUAAUCCUAAGAUAUUGUUGGGACUUGAAAAUAGUUCCAAUUGGUUUUGCAAAAAUUAAAACAAAACUUAUUGUGUUAGACAGUUGCUAUUCUUCUAUUGUGACUUCUGCAAACCAGAUUUCUUCUGCAAACAUAUCGUUUUACAGAAUGCCUGAUCGCACACUUCAUGUUCGUCAUUUUGGAACUAAGGUUGAAUUGCCAAACAAUGAAAGCUCAGAAGAAGAAAGCUAGUAUGGAAAGCUCUCCAAAAGCAAUUCUAAAAAUAUUUGAAGGUGGUAUUGAAGGCUCUAAGAAGAAUGUAACUGUGGAAUUUGUAAAUUAUGGGGUUUCUGGCUUGUCUUUUAUGGGGUAUAUGACUUGUUUUCUUGUGCACCUUUACUAGAAAAACUUUGUUCAUUGGUACCAUGAACCCCGGGUACUCGAUAGCCACAUUGUGAUCGAGCUAAUACCGAGUUUAGCUUCUAUAAAGACCAUUUUGGGAGUUUGGCUUCUGUAAACACCAUUUUGGGAGCUUUUCUGAUACCUGUUGUUUUAUUCACAUGGUUUGAGUUCAAAAUCAAGAAGAAAGCUUUAGAACAAUAGAAGGCUGCUUGUGCUGAUCAAACUUCUAACCAUAGAUUUUCCCACUUUCUCUAGUUGUAUGUGUAACUUUCAUUCUCUGUACCAACAACUGAGAAGUGCAGAAUUUAGAAUAAUAUGUUUUAGACUUUCACCAA